AUGGGGAUGGAAACUUAUGUUGCCUAUGUUUAUGUCAGGUCCCAUCUGGAUGAGUACAUCUGCACAGUCACUGUGGAGGCCCCCCCUAUCAUACAUGCCACUCACUGUCAGGAUCAUAAGGGGUGUGAAGAAGACUGGGGUGCAGUGUGGUGGAAUGGCAUGGGGCAACUCCUCCUCAAUGGAAGGAGCCCAUACAGUUUUGACGAUGCUAUCAAUCUCUUCAAGAAAUUGCAGUUUGGCUGCAUCAGCAAAGAUUGCAAGAGGUAUAUGUUUUCGAAUAUAAUGCAUGUAAAUAAACCACUCGCCCACUCCCACUGA